AUGGCUUCGUCCUCUAGGACCAACGGCGAGGGAAGCUCCCAGAGGACACUCGGCGAAGCGAUGCGCGCGCCAUCGGUCAACACCCCAGGCAUUGUUGUGUUGGAUAUUCUACCGGAUGAUUUGGACCGCAAGGAGGUGUUAGAUCCAAGCCAAGACUUGUGGCUUUCUACGAGCGACGGUCGAUACAGCUCCGCUGUUAUCCCUCUUCGCGUCGGCACUCCACCACAUCAGGAGAUUUUCCAGGUACACAAGAGCGUCCUUCUGAAGGCCGAAUGGUUUCGCAAAGCGCUGCUGGGCAGCUUCCUCGAGGCGGAGGCGCAGUCUCUCGACUUGCCAGAAGAAGACCCGGCGAUCUUCCACUUUCUGGUCGCAUAUCUCUACGAAGAGCGAUACUUACCAACUAAGCCGCUGUCAACCGUCUUGGUGCCGGACCCAGACAAGGGCAAAGGGAAGGACCUGGCCAACGACACAGCCCAUUCAGACUCAGACUCGGAUGGGCUCAGCUGGCACAGUGAUUCUAGUGCCCAGUCGCGAAGGCGCCAGGAGCGCCGACGGCGCCGACGGGAGAGGCAACUCGAGCGCCUUCGUCAAAAACAUCCAGGGGCGCACCGUCCAGACUGCAUAUGCCCACGAUGUGUUAAUUCUCAUGGACCGCCGUGCUGGGCUUGCGCGGCACCACGAUUCCCUCCUCCAAUCGUCCCACCAGGCUACCCACCAGGUGUCGUGAUGACCGGGCGAGACAGGUCGAGGAGGAACCAGCACAAUCGGAGGCGGGGUCCGGACGGCGCACCUGUUCCUCCGCGGCCGGGGUCACCACCACCCAUGGCGACGUCCCCGUCCGACACGGAGGCCCGCAUCAAGGGCGAGGACAUGCGAACAUGGCUGAUCGCUUACGAGCUGAACAUCGAUGUCUACAUCUGUGCGGACAGGUAUAUGCUCGACGGCUUCAAGGACAAGAUCUCGAGGGUGACUAUCGAUCAGCUUGAGAGUGCGGGUCUAGAUGCGGCCCAGGUCGAGGUGCUCAGGCUCUGCCGGAAGAUCUACGACGGCGUGGGCGACGAAGACCCGCUGCUGAGGAUGGUGUUUGCGAGGGUCGGGUUCCUGCAGCCGACCUUGUGGAAGACGGCCCCGGAGGAGACGGGGGCGUUCCUGCUGGCCAACCCCGAGGUUGCCACGCUGAUGCUGAAGGAGACGUCCAUCAGGAGGGAUGAAGACGUGCACGGCUCUCACCUACCAAGCAUGGAGAGGGCGGCCUGGACUAUGCCCCAGGGCCGACCUUUUGAUCACCAGAUCUACCCUCGUCCUUUUCCGAGGGGCGUGAGAUAUUAG